AUGAGUUUCUUGAGGCCAUCUGCGAUGUACAACCUUGUGAUGACUUAUCCUUCCUCUCGAUGGAUGCCUUGUCAGAGUUGGAGUUUCCUUCGAUGGCCGGGUCUUGAAGGCUUCUUCAGAGUUCUUGUCGUUUUUCUUCUUUGGUCUACCUUCUCUCAACUCUGCUAUAUACCUUCUUCUUCUAUGUACCCUACCCUACGCGUUGGUGAUCGAAUUAUUGUCGAAAAGGCUUCAUAUUACAUCAGGACUCCUGCUAUACGUGAUAUUGUAACAUUUCGAGAUCCAACGCAGCAUGGAGAGAACACAAAUGUUUUUAUCAAGAGAAUUGUUGCAAAAGAAGGAGAUACUGUUGAGGUUCAUCAUGGAGUACUCUAUGUCAAUGGUGUUGCUCAAGAGGAGAAUUUUGUAAUAGAGCCGCCAACAUACACAACGAAAUUAACUUAUGUGCCAACAGGCCAUGUUUAUGUUAUGGGGGAUAAUCGCAAUAAUAGCUAUGAUUCACAUGUAUGGGGACCACUUCCUAUGAAAAACAUAGUUGGAAGAUAUGUCAUGUGCUGCCAUAGACCAACAAAUUGA